CCAAGCCAAAGCCUCGAGCUGUUGUUGUAUUUGGUGCCGACCACGAGCAAAACACAACAACUGCUUCGUCGCAUUGUAUAUGCACCGCAAAUGUAUCGCUAUCGCAUUCGUACUAGUUGCAACCAUGCGUGACAAUAAAUGAGCCAAAUCAGAAUCUGUGUUGCUGAAGAAAUUUGUAAGUGCAAAGCUGCGAGUGCGAUACGUUUGCAGUGCAUAUUGUGCGACCCCCUCCCCGCAGGUCGAGGCGGCAGGGAAAGACAAGAACGAAGCCAAGGCUGCUCCUGCUCCUUCGCGAAACAAGAAACGUAAAGCUUCGAAACUACACCAAGACCCGGAGCAAGCCC